UGUGUUUCUAGCCCCCCCAAAUUCACUGACCUGGUUGGUCUCUUGGCUUCUUUAUCCAACGGAGAAGAGAGAAGAUGGAACCCCUCUAUCAGGCUGGGUCCAUUCUCAUGAAAGUGAAUACCUUACAAGGGAAGAAAAUGGUGGAGACUGGCCUCCAGUCUGGAGACUUCUCCCUCUCCCAGUCUUGGCUCCCACCGCCGGCCGAAAUGGAGAUCCUGCAGCAGAAGGUGGCUGGGGUGCAGCGGGAGCUGGAGGACUUUAAGAAGGAGGCGCUGAAGUCCAUUCGGUACCUGGAAGACGCCUUCUGCGAGAUGAACGGGGCGCUGGCGCAACAGGAGGAGCAGGCGGCUCGGGUGAAGCAGCGGCUGAGGGAGGAGGAGGAUCGCGGCGUGGUGCGCAACAAGGUCCUCACCUUCCUGCUGCCCCGGGAGAAGCAGCUCCGCGAGCACUGCAAGCGGCUGGAGUACAUGCUGCUGGGCAGGAGUCCUGGCGCGCUGGGUGCCGCCAAGAAGGGCCAGGAAGAUUGAGCUUUCCAGGCGGCACCGGUCAGGUGCCAAAUGUAACGGAUUUUAUCUUUUUUAUCAAUGGGAGGACAAGCCCUAAGUCCCCACUCACCUGCUUCCCUUUCGUCAUAUCCAUUGCUUUUCUUCUAUGAAAAUAACACCUCAGUGAGAGGCAACAAGACUUCAAUUUUAUUUUUUGGGGGGGAGGAAGGGGAAGUUCUGUUUAUCCAGCCAAGUCAAGGAAAGAGGCACCCCAAUACUAAGUCAGA